AUGAAAGUGAAAGAGGUUGUUAAACAAUAUCAAAGAGCAAUCGUUCUCCGGUUCGGUAGAGUGAGGACGGACUCGCCGGCCGGGCCUGGCAUAAUAUGGGUGUUGCCACUCACAGACAGUUCAAUUCUUAUUGACCUCCGAACGCAGUCCUUCAAUUUACCUUCUCAAGAGGUUACUCCCUUUUCGCAUAGUAAUAGCAUAGUUUUUUUUAUUUGCUCUAGCCAAGCGACAAAACUUAUAUCGGUCUCUACCCUCCGAAACAUCCUCGGGCAGCACACUUUGUCUGAGCUGUUGUCGGAUCGAGUGAAAAUCAGCCAUUCAGCCAGAAGUGAAAUAGAUAAAAUUACUAACGAAUGGGGCGUCGAAAUGGAGAGAGUGGAUAUAAAAGACGUAAUCCUACCGUUUGAACUGCAAAAAGCUAUGGCAGCUGAGGCUGAAGGAACUAGAGUUGGCAAGGCCAAGGUCAUCGAAGCCGAGGGAGAAAUCAAAGCAGCAGAGAACCUUCGAGAAGCUUCCAGAAUCAUGAUGGAGAACCCACAGACGAUGCUCCUAAGAUAUUUACAAACAUUAAGUUUUAUAGCCGGACAACAAAAAACUUCGAUUGUUUUUCCAUUUCCACUGGAACUGCCCGAACCAGAAAGUAUGAAAAAUGCACGCAGACCAACAGUAUAA